CGUAUUGCAACCUUUCCACGCGUUUCCUUUUCAUUCAAAACAAGCAACAAACCAACCAAACGUGGUUGUCAUUCCAUUCCUUCUGAUAUUGUUCCGCCACCGAGCCAAUCUCCGACGACCCCUCCGGCGACACCGCACCGAUCUCCGGCCAAUUCACAAUCCCCUUUCGCUUUACCGAGAAUGAAUCCCGAGUAUGAUUACCUGUUCAAGCUCCUUCUUAUUGGUGACUCUGGUGUUGGCAAAUCAUGCCUUCUUCUGAGAUUUGCUGAUGAUUCAUACAUUGAGAGCUACAUAAGCACAAUUGGAGUUGAUUUUAAAAUACGCACCGUUGAGCAGGAUGCAAAAACCAUUAAACUCCAGAUCUGGGAUACAGCUGGGCAAGAAAGAUUUAGGACAAUCACCAGUAGCUACUACCGUGGGGCACACGGGAUCAUUAUUGUUUAUGAUGUAACAGAUGAAGAGAGCUUUAACAAUGUGAAGCAGUGGCUCAGCGAAAUUGACCGAUAUGCCAGUGAUAACGUCAACAAGCUUUUGGUUGGCAACAAGUCCGAUCUGACUGCAAAUAGAGCUGUCUCAUAUGAAACCGCUAAAGCAUUUGCUGAUGAAAUAGGCAUUCCUUUUAUGGAAACAAGUGCAAAAGAUGCUACAAAUGUCGAACAGGCAUUUAUGGCUAUGGCUGCUUCCAUUAAGAAUAGAAUGGCAAGCCAACCUGCAAACAAUGCAAGGCCUCCAACAGUGAAUAUCAGUGGAAAGCCAGUUGGGCAGAGUAGUGGUUGCUGCUCUUCCUAACCACAAGUUCUUUAGAUCCAUUUCACUUUAUCUGCUGCUCACCUAUUGCUUGUAAGAUAUUUUUUUUUCAAUUUCACUGAAUAGUGGACCAAUGUCAGAAUGUAUUGGUUGGUAUGAAACUGACCUAGAUAAUUCCAUUCUUUGGAUAUACUUAAUGAUAUGGCUUGUGCAAAGUAUCAUACUCAUAAGUGCUAAAUCUAUGUUCCUGGUGAUACCUGUUUUGGUUUA